AUGAAUAACAAUUAUAGUGAUAGUGAUGAAGAUCUAAAUCAAUUACAGAUAAAACAAUUUACAGAGAUUGUAGUUGAAGUAAAACAUGUAUCAAAACAUUAUAAGAUUGCUGGUAGAGAAGAUACAGUUAAAGCGUUAAAUGAUAUUCAUCUAUCGACAGACUCUGAACUAUUACCAAUUAGAAGAGGUGAAUUUGUAAUGUUGAGAGGUCCUUCUGGAGGAGGUAAAACAUCUUUAUUGAAUCUAUUGGGAACCAUUGACAGAGUGACUGAAGGUGUCAUUGAAUUAUUCUCAAAUCCCAUUACCGUGGACAGCAAGGAUGAAUAUUUGGCAAAGCUUCGUCUGGAAAAGAUUGGCUUUGUCUUUCAAACAUUCAAUCUUUUGGCAACCAUGUCUGCCUUUGAAAAUGUAGAAUUACCAAUGAUUAUCCUUGGAAAAUUAAAUCAAAAAGAAAGAAAGAAAAGAGCUAUCGAAUUAUUAACUUUGGUUGGAUUACAAGAUAGAUUAGAUCAUUUACCAUCAGAAUUAUCAGGUGGUGAACAACAAAGAGUAACAAUAGCAAGAGCAUUGGCAAAUGAACCAGAGAUUUUAUUGUUGGACGAACCAACAGGAGAUUUGGACUCUGCCAAUACAGUAGAAGUGAUGGAUUUACUCUUGGAUCUAAAUUUAAAGUUAAAAACCACUUGUAUUAUGGUUACUCACAAUCCAGACAUUGAAUGUUAUGCAGACAGAAUUCUAUAUCUUUCAGAUGGUGUUUUUGAAAAGCAAGUUAUCAAUACCGAACAAACUAAAUUGGAUUACGACAAAUAUAUUGCCUACUUGAAUUCAAUACAACAUGGUGCUGGUGGUCAUUAA